AUGAGCACUAUAAGUGACGAGGUGCGUGAGCAGAUUGAGCUCUACAUGUCCGUGUUGAUCACAGGACCCUUGGCACUUCUGGGAAUCGCAGCAAACUUGAUCAACUUUGUCACAUUUCUCAAACAGGGCGUAAAAGACUGUGUGUCUGUCUGUCUCCUCGCCCUCACCAUCUCUGAUUUCGGCAGUGUCCUUAAUGGAGGGUCCAUGCAAAUAUUCAAUAUCAUCAAACAUUUGGAUAUAGAUUCCAUCAUUGAUCCUUUUGCUUUUAUGUUCAUCAUGGCUUACGGCUGUAUCUUAUGUUACGACAUUUCCCAAGGGAUCAUCGCGUUUGUCACCCUAGAACGCUGCCUCUGUGUGGCGAUGCCUCUCAAGUUUAAAGACCUCUUCACGUUUCGGAGAUCUCUUUUCGUCGUGAUUUUCCUCUACGCUUUCACUAUAGCAGCAUACGUCCCCCAUUUUGUGACGAGCGGUCUACACUGGCGUCACGACCCCGUCACUAACUCAUCCAGGAUCUUUGUAUGGUUGUCUGAUAACAGAUUCGAGAUUGACCACUAUUUAAACACUUUCAUACACGUUGUAAUGACCGCCUCAUAUCAGUUCGUCGUUCUAAUCAGCACCCAGGUUAUGGUCAUUGGACUCAAGAGAUCCUCAAAGUUUAGGAAGAGAAAGGAAACAGCCGACAAAGCUACUGGGAAUUGCAACACGGCACAAGUGACAUAUAAGAGAGGAGACCAUUCGAUGAAAGACCAUCAGGCAAAUAGCCAAGAUAUAAAACAGAUAGAAGCCCAUCAAAUGACAGAUACCCAGACAAAAGACAGCUCUCUGACCCUCCAAAACCGGCGUGUGAUCAAGACAGUGUCGGCCCUCGCGGUCAUUUUUCUGGUGUGUAACGCCAUCAGAAUGGUGGUCAUCUACACCUACAUGUCUAAUCCUGAGCUGGGUUUUUUCAAACGUUAUCACAAUGAGGUAGUUGUCGUGAACUUAUUUCUGUUCUUGUCCCAGGCCAUCAACUCUUCAGCCAACACUUUGGUUUACUACCAUUUCAAUCCCAGCUUCAGAAAUAUCUUCCGAUCAGUAUUUUGUAAAUGUGGAAAAAAUGGUUAA